AUACUUAAAUUUUAUUUAUUUAUUUAUAGGGUUGGAAAUAGAUGACACUACCACAUGCCUUUGUUGGUGCUUCCACAUGUCCUCUUUGGUCAUUUUCAACCCCCCAUCCAAUUUAGAACACCAACACAACACCUGAAUGCAUCGUCACAAACAAACCAAACUAAAAACGUUUAAAACCAAAAGAGCCAAAUCAUUCAUUUUUUAUUAAAAAAAAAAAACCAAAAUAAAAUAAAACCCCAAAUCCAGAAAACCAAUAAAGAGAGAGAAUUUUCUCUACAAUUCUCUCUCUCCCGAUCAGAUCGGGCACUUAUAUGUCUAAAAUCCAACAAUUUCAAUUCCUUUCUUACUUUUAACGUCUCAAUUUUCAAUUUUAAUUUUUUUUGUUAUUUCAAAAAAUUAUCAAUUUUGGUUCAGAAAUCGUUUUCGUUCCCAAAUUUUCUGCGAUCUGGGAAAUUCGAUUCAAAUUUUGGGUUUGGGGUUAUUUGAUUUGAAUUCUUUGUAAUUCUGAUGGUGAUUAAUGCAUUGAAAUUUUGAAAUUUUAGAUUUUGAAAUUCUGUUUUAGAUCGUUUGUUUUUCUCAAAUGGCGUCGGCUCAGGUGCUGCCGAACAACUCCGCUUCGUCGCGGAAGCAAGAGCAUCUGGAAGCUGGCAAGCGUCGGCUGGAGGAGUUUCGUAAAAAGAAAGCCGCUGAGCGGGCCAAGAAGGCUGCACCGUCUGGCUCUGUUCAAAAUUCUGAUGCCAGCCAAAAUCAGAAACAGCCUUCGGAAGUUGAAAAUGUCCGAGUUAAUGAGUCAGAUGGAGUUACCACAUCUGAUGGUGUUGGAGGAACUGUUAUUAUUGACACUGGGACAAGUAACCAGAAGAAUGUGAAUUUGUAUAACCAAAGUAGUAAUCAAGGGUCUUUAGCUGGUGCAACUAGUCUUGUGAGAAAUGAUAUUAGUACAUCUUCUACUAGUCUGGUGGAGGAACAUUCAGAUAUUGAUGAAGCUAAAAGAUAUAAUGCUUCUACAUCUAUUACAUCUGCAAAUAUUAGUCAAAACAGCGAGGCAAAUAGAGCGAAUGAUAUAUAUGGAAUUCAUACCGGCGUUGUUGGUGGAUUUCCAUAUGGAACAUCAAACAACCAAAGUAAUUUUCUACGUUCGCAAGAAAGUCAAGAAUUCGAUAGCAGUACUAGUCAGUCUAGCCUUCAUGGAAUCAAUGAAAGCCAUUCAAACAAGAAUAAUAGUUCUUUGAAGGAUUAUGCAGUUACUGAUGGCUCUUCACCUUACUUUCCAUCAAAAAUCAUACGUGAGAACUAUGUUGAUUCACUACAGAAAACUAAGCAGACAAAUUCUUUCACUUUGGAUAGUAGCUAUUCACACGGUUCGGUUUCUGGAGGCUUGAGCAAUUCUACCAGUUCUAUAUUUAGAGAGACCUUUAGAUCAGAUAGUGAUUUGCCUAGUCUACAUGGUACAACAAUACCGAAAUAUGAUUCUACUGGUUAUGAGGCAAGGAAUUCCUCUAACCACACACCAAUACAUUCAGUGUCAACGGAAUCAAGUUCUAGAAAGUCACGUCCAUCUUUUCUUGAUUCUAUAAAUGUCACUAAACCUUCUAUGGGGUCUCCAUUUCAUCAACCAGAGCAAGAUGCCUCUAAGUUUAGUCAUUUAGAAUCAAGCGGCAAUGACGCAUCAGAGUCUACUUAUUUCCAUAAGCCACCUGAAGAGACAAAAACUGUGGGACUUUUCUCAAAUCUUACAACUGCUCCAGUUUUUAAUAAUAAUCAGGACACACUGAUGAUACGUGCUAAGGAAAAUGGCAUGGAGAAGAAACAUGAUUAUUACUCAUCUUCACAAAAUGAAGAUUUUUCUACUUUAGAACAGCAUAUUGAAGAUCUAACACAAGAAAAAUUUUCCUUGCAACGUGCUCUUGAGGCUUCUCGAGUAUUAGCCGAGUCACUAGCCACUGAAAAUUCAUCUCUGACUGACAAUUAUAAUAAUCAGAGAAGUGUCGUCAAUCAAUUAAAAUCAGACAUGGAGAACUUACAGCAAGAGAUUAAAGCACAACUGGUUGAGCUGGAGUCUAUUAGGAGUGAAUAUACAAAUGUGCAACUUGAGUGUAAUGCAGCUGAUGAGCGUGCCAAGUUAUUGGCAUCUGAAGUCAUUGGCUUAGAGGAGAAGGCACUCAGACUAAGAUCAAAUGAGCUAAAGCUUCAGAAGCAGUUGGAAAUUGAACAAGCAGAAAUUUCUUCAUACAGAAAGAAAAUGUCGAGCCUUGAAAAAGACCGCCACGAUUUGCAGUCAACCAUUGAUGCUCUUCAAGAAGAAAAAAAGAUGUUGCUGUCUAAGUUGCGAAAGGCUUCAGGGUUUGGGAAGGCUGUUGAGAGUCAAACAAGUAAAAGAGAUGGUUCUACAUCUACCGAGGAUUUAGUGAAUGAAGAUUCUGCUGCAAACUUUUCCAACAUAGAAUUCAAUGACAAUGCUCCUGUUCAUGAUGCUGAAGCAUCUAGAGAUUCUGUAGUUCCUGAAACUACACACUCAUCUUUUGGGGUUUCUCCUGUGAAUAUUCCUCAUGAUCAGAUAAGAGUGAUUGAGAACAUCAAUGCACUAAUUUCUGAGCUGGCAUUGGAGAAAGAAGAAUUGAUGAAAUCUUUGGCAUUUGAAUCAUCUGAGAGUUCUAGAAUGAAGGAGAUAAACAAGGAGUUGUCCCGGAAGCUAGAGGUCCAGACACAAAGAUUAGAGCUUUUGACUGCUCAAAACAUGGUUAAUGAAAAUAUUGAAAAUAUUUCUGCAAAACAACCAGAUUCUCGCGCUACGUAUGAGAACAUGCCAUAUGCUGAUGAGGGUGAUGAGGUGGUGGAAAGAGUGUUGGGAUGGAUUAUGAAGCUAUUUCCUGGUGGGCCGUCAAGAAGAAGAACUAGCAAGCUUCUCUGAUUGGGUUUACAUUAGAUUUGUAAUUGUUGACGAAACUGUAUGCACAGCUAUUGGGAUGAAUCAUGAAGCUGUUUUCCAGUAUGCCAACCCAGGUAAAGAACCAGCACAUUUCAACCCAGAUCCAUGAGUAACGGGUCAACAAAUUUACAGAGUUGCUUUUUGUUCGUUACCUCCCGGGGAAGUGGAGGACGUGACCUGUUGUAUAUUUGAGUGAAUUAUACAGCAAAUUCUUCAAAAGAAUUGAAAGCUGCUUAUUGAUUGGCAAUUCCUAUUGCAAUUUUUUUUGGAAGAUGGCAAUAAAUAUGUUAUGCGGUUUUAUCUCUCGAUUCAAUCCAAAUUUUGUGCGAUAGUAGUUGGAUAUGAAAGAAGCUACCAAGAAGCCUUGUGGGAACAGGACCAUUUUGUUCAAUACCGAUAUGAUAAGAAGACAUAUCUGACAUGAAUAUGCAGUACAUUAGUUUGUACAAACACAAUUCAUAAAAGUAUAAAAAAGUUUGAAGUUAGCAUUUG